GUUUAACUUUGUGUAACAAGCGCCAAUAAUAAACUCCUCUUCGGGCAAAAGGGCCAAUAUUGACGGUCUUUGGAUUACUUUUUUUCUUACCGUUGAGAUCAGGGAAUAUUUCCAAUUCGUAUCUUCGAAUGAUGAGCGAUAUUGUUGAGUUGCAAAGUCCAGAUGGAGAUCAAGCAACUAUUCAACUUCAUGGUGCAACUGUGACGUCAUGGAAGUGCAAAGGACAGGAAAUGCUCUUUGUAAGUGAAAAGGCGGUUUUUGACAAGAAGAAGGCAAUCAGAGGUGGAAUUCCAGUAGUGUUUCCAAACUUUGGACCAUGGAGUCAUGGGCCCCAGCAUGGAUUUGCAAGAACUAGUCAAUGGGAAAUCAGCCAACAUCCAAAGGAAGAGAAUGGUGAAACAAGUACAGUGUUUUCUCUAGAGGACAGUGAAAGUACAAGAAAAGUGUGGAAUUACAGGUUUAGGGUUCUGUAUGAAGUGACUGUGGGAAAGCAACAUUUAAAAACCACCAUCACAGUUGAAAACAAAGAUGAGAAAGCUUUUGAGUUUACUACUCUUCUGCACACUUAUUUGCGAGUUCCUGAUGUUACCCAAACUGCAGUUUCUGGAUUAAAGGGGUUAAACUAUGUUGAUAAGGUUCUUGGUGGGAAAACAUUCACAGAAAGCAAUGAUCCUGUGAAAAUCAAUGGGUUUACAGAUAGGGUUUACCAGAACUCUCCUAGUGAACACAAGAUAAUGAAUGUUGGCUCCAAAAAUUGUCACAUAACUCUCUGGAAGGAGAAUUUUCCAGAUACAGUUGUGUGGAAUCCUUGGGCUCAAAAAGCGAUUGCUAUGUCUGAUUUUGGAGACAAUGAGUAUCCCAGUAUGCUGUGUGUUGAAGCAGGAUAUGUCAGCAAGCCUUUUGUACUGGAGCCAGGAAAGAAAUUUGAAGCCCAGCAAACAUUUUCAUGUUCUUGCACCUAGGCUUGAAUUUUUGUACAAUAGGUAGUGACCAAAAUCAAGUCAGAAAAUAUUAAUGAAAUACAAUAAAUAGCUCUAAUAGCAUUAGUCACAGUUAAAAAUUAACUGCCAAGGGUAAAUAAUGUGAGGAUGGUAGUGACAAGAACAAUUAAUUAAUAAAUGUGGGUAAACAGGAAAAUAGGGAGUGGAUAUUUUUGGUGAACUUAGUUGUAAAUAGUUUUUUUCAGAAAGGGUAGAGUUAAUUUCAAUUCUAUCAAUUUCAAAUGAUACAAAGUAAUAACAACCAUUUGGUGUGAGGCUGAGCUAACACUUGAAAUUUUUGCUUUAGAAUCUCUCUACAGUGACCAGUUUACAUAUCAUUAAUGAACGCAGUUGAAGAAAAACUGCAACAUUCAAACUAUUUAUUGUUUUAUACAAAUAAAUUUUCAUUUUUUCAGAUCAUGAUUGAGUUCCAACAUAUUCUAAAUUUCCAAAAUUCUGAAACCCUUCAUGUUGGGUGAAUAAAGCAAUGUACAAUUUCAGCCUGCAACUACUGAUGGUAACUGUUCAGUUAGGCUUGAAGUAUGUGGGGCCAAUGAAUUGAGUUUCAAAUAAAAAACUAUUGUACUAAGGCAUUCAGUUCAAGUCAUAUGUCACUAGAAAACUGUUUCCUUGUGCUGUAUAAAAGUUAAUUUACAGUGUAACAAAAGUGUCACAAAACUGUUCCAGACCUGUGAUAGUCUAUCCACAGUUAAUACUCUCAAUGGUUGUAGAAUAAAAAUAAUGUCAUUUAACAUAAAAUCUUAAAUAGCAGGGAUAUAAUAUUGGCUUAAACGAAGGGUACUAGCUGGAAAAAAAGACAUAUUGCAGCUACAACAUUGUGUGUUAUUUAUAUUAAAAAGUACCUUUAAAGAU